AUGGCGUUCUUCGCCUACGCGCCGCUGCUCUGUGCGUCGUGGCUCGGCAUCAUGUACGUGAUUGUGCUGUACCUGUCCACUGAGUCCAAGUGGCGCUGGCACGACGCCCAGGAGUUUGAGAACCGCUUCUGGACCGGCACGGCCUUUCUCUUUAGCGCAGCCGUGCUGUACAUUCGCGACUCGCCGCUGGCCGUUGGGCAGUGGAACUCGACGCUCGGCCUCGUGCUCGUGUUUGGCUUCACUCUGAGCGUGCACUACUUUGACCGCUUCUUGCACCGCCAGGAGAUCAGCCGCCGCCCGCGCUUGAAGACCGCCACGCGCCACCUGUCGCACAACCUGUUCCAGUACAAGGCCACGGCCAAAGAAAAGACCGCCCUCCUCGUCGAGUGCGUGAGCCGCAUCGACCGCCAGUACCUGCCCAGCACGAUCAACAACAUGCUGAACCUCGCCGAGGUCAAGCGGCGCGAGCACAAGAUCUUCCGCAUCCUCGCGGGCGCCGGCAAAGACGAGCUGAACUACGUGGUGAACCACAUCCCGCUCGCGCUGCUCUUUUACAAGGUCAAGGACCACUCGAAAGUGCGCGAAGACCAGAGCCGGACGCUCAUGCUCGACCUGCUGUGCACCACGCGCCUCGGCGACCUCUCGGUCAUGUCGCGGGCGCUGCUGCUCGACGCGCUGAUGGUCAUGAAGAUCAGCGCGCACCCGCUGGCGGAAAAGUGGGUGCGCAACAUCAUCCUCAAGACACAGGGGGACGACCUCAGCAACCUCAAGACGUACACGGACGCCAAAGGCGACUUCCACAGUAUGCACAAACUCGUGUUCAACGACAUUCGCGACCCGACGAUCCGGACGGACAUUAUCAGUCACAUCCAGCGCGAAGCAAGUGUACAGAUUGCCCACACGCGGCUGGGGACAAAGCGCGGCCGCAGUCGUAAGCAGCAGGCGUGGCGCAAGGUGCUCAGUGACGUGGACGACACGCUGUACUCGUCCGGUGGACGGUACCCAGCAGGACUGGACACGCGCUUCCCUCGGCACACGCUGUACCCGGGCGUCCUGGCGUUCUACCGGGAACUGGACAUGGGCACAGUCGGGCCGGAUGACUGGACAGACGACCGCGUCGGCAACCUCGUGUUCCUCUCGGCACGUCCGCACGUGUACAAAGACGUGUCGGAGAAAAAGUCGUACGCGAAGUUUGCGGCGCUGCACGAGAAGAUGGGAAUGCACACGCUGCCUACGCUGCUUGCCGGGAACCUCAAGUCGGGUCACGCGUUCAUGUGGCAAGGGGACUUGGAACCAAUGGCACAAAAGAAGUUUGAGAACUUCAGUGAAUUCUACCAGCUUUAUCCGGAGUUCAAACACGUGUUUGUCGGGGAUAACGGACAAGGCGACGUGCGUGCUGCGGAGCUAAUUGUGGAGAGACUUGGCUCGGACGCAUUAGAGGCUGCGUUUUUUCAGCGCGUGCAGCCCAUGGAAAAGAUGUACAACUACCACUCGAAGGAGGAUUUGAACCGCUGGCGCGCAAUGAACAUAUUUUUCUUUGAUACGUACGUGGGUGCAGCUGUCGAGGCUUUUCGUACGAAGAGGAUCCGACUUAGUGGACUAAAGAAAAUCUGUGAUGACGCUGGACGGUCAUUUGAAGGCAUUCGUACGUGGCUCACUCCGCAGAGUCGCGAACGCGCGCGAUUGAUGCUGAACCGUGACCUGGAAGUGGCCAAUGCGCUGCUCUGUAAAAAGUAUGACCCGUCGCCGCUAGUGAUGAAGCCGCAAGUUUUUGCCUUGAAUUCGCUCGUUCGCACGCCGGUCGGACGUGGGAUCGUUCGCAAGUUCCGUGGGGUUGAUGGCAUGUAUCAAGUGCACUUGACGGAAUGGUCGUUGUCGCCAACGCGUCAGGAACGGAUACAAGCUUACUUUACCGAAGAGAGCCUCACUGCUGCUCUAGGCACGUAUACAUCACCGCCAGCCACGAGCUCUUUGCGGUACGUCAAGUUCUACCCAGCCCCACCUGCUCGCGUCUAUGCGUCACACACGCUUGUAAAAACCCUAUUUGGAAUCGGGCGCGUGAUGAGUUACCGGGCAGAAGACAGAAUUUACACGGUAUCGAUCCCCGGUGACCAGAAUAUGCUGCAUAUAACGGCUUUUCUGAAUGGGGAUUCGCUGCAAGCUGUCGAUGACGCAUUCUUGAAAAGUUAUGCGACGAGUGAUGUGGCGUCACCGCGAAUGUUCGCAGGAGUGCGCUUUGGCAUCGGCUUCAUUACGAAGAAAUUGAUUACGUUCGUACCAGGCAGCUCCGGUGUAAAGCCGUUGUUUUCUGUUGCGGUUGUUGUGGAUUCGCCCUUCGGGCGCGGCGCGGUCAUUAACUUCCGCGGAGAAGAUCGCGUCUACGAGAUCCGGCUAUUUCACGGUGAGACGAAAACGCGAAGCGGCGACGCGGCUUCACGUACAAGUGUAUUCGUACAAGAGCAGUGUUUGCAGCCCCCUCCUGUGUCUCCAUCUCGAAGCUUCUUCUCCAUGCUUGGGCUGAGCUCAGGCAAGAAUGCGGUAGCACCGACGAGCACACCUGCUCCGGUUGGCUCUUGUGUUACCACGAUAUAUGGCAAGGGUGUUGUCUGCAGCUACCGUGCAGCUGACGGCGUCUAUGAAGUUGCAUUGACCGAUUCAGCUCUCGCCGAUGGUCAUGACGCUAUGGCUUAUCUUAGACGGGACCUCAUUAAUCCAGCAGAUAUGACAUCGGAAGCUGUUUCGGGCACGACGAAGGAGCCUUUGACGGAUAGAAAAGGCCAUGCUCCUCCAGGGAGUGGUGGCAUCUUUCAGUUGCUCCGGUAUGGGUUUACGACUUCCAGCACGGGACCGGCGGCUGUUGCCGUUCCGUAUGCUGAUGAGACUGGCGUUGAGCACCAGAUUGACACCAUCUUCGGUCUGGCCACUACGGCAAUGAGUCAGCCGUACAACGGGUGCUACAAAGUGUUUCUCAUGAACUCGGAUUACGAUGGGGUCGUUGCGUACGUCCAGGCAGACCACGCGAAAGAAGUUCUAGUCACCCCGAAACGAGCGAGGCGUAACACGCUCGAGCUACUGGCUAGCCCAUUCAGCUACUUGCUUUCUAGCAACACGUAUGACCGAAGUGGUUUGACUGACACGAAGACUUUGUUUUCCAAGGGAGCGCUGGUAUCGACACCGUUUGGUGAGGGCACUGUACGCUUACACCGAUGUGUGGAUGAUAUUUACGUGGUGGACUUGCCGUCAAUGCACGGUUUCUUCCGCGCGAGCAGCCUCAGGCGGCCGGUGCGUGGCGUGGUUGGACAGCCGGUUGAUACAAUCUAUGGAUCGGGGAUGCUGGAGCAAGUGCGUGAAGAGGACGGAGUCCACGUUGUUGCUCUACGACUCGGUUUAACUACUUCGGAAACUCGUGCAUACCUGCACCCGUCCAGCGUGAUCCGAGCGAUCAAGGCAUCUCGUGGUGACAUGGUCAUGACGCCUUUUGGGUCGGGUGUGGUGAUGCAGUAUCGUCCGCACGACAGUUUCUACUGCGUGGUUCUGGACUGGGAUUCGAAUGGCCAGAGCCGCGCAUCAGCCUACAUAAGCGAGGACAGUCUCCUGCGCACGGGUUUGGUGGAGAAACCCCCAUCCGGCUGCGUCGUUAUGUGA